CCUCCCAGGCCCCCCCCCCACCUUCCCCAGGGCCAUUUUGGGGUUGUGGCAGCAGAGGGAGCUCGGCUGGCGCAGGGAGGUGGCCUUUGUCAUCGCUGGUGGCGCUGGAGGCUGGCGAGAGGGGACCGCGGGCGUGGGGGCGCGGGGGGGAGGGAAGGGGCCCCCCCCCAUCCGGGGCUGUCACCCGUGGGAGGAUGCUCUGAAGAGUGGCCACAAUCGCGCGUGGAUGCCCAGGAGGAUUUCUGGGGGACCCAGGAGCUUGGAGCUGCUGCUCGCCACCCCCCUGCGACCCCCCCUCUGCGCUGGGGUGGGGGCCACCGAGGGCCCCCCCCAGGAUUUUCAGCUUAGGAGCGGCUCCUGGUGGAGGUUUGCUGCAGGGCCGCCAGGAUGAGCACGGCCGCCAGCCCCGAGCCCCUGCCCUCGCCCCCCGCCCCGGGACCCCGAUAUUUCGACCGCUUCACCGAGGGGGACCCCGAAUACCUGCGGGAGCGCAACAUGGCGGCUGACCUGAGGCAGGACUUCAACAUGAUGGAGCAGAAGAAGCGGGUCACCAUGAUCCUACAGAGCCCAUCUUUUAGGGAGGAGCUGGAGAGCCUCAUCCAGGAGCAGAUGAAGAAGGGGAACAACUCGUCCCACGUCUGGGCCCUGCGGCAGAUCGCAGACUUCAUGGCCACCACAUCCCCCGCUGUCCUCCCCACCUCGCCCAUGGGGCUGGCCUCCGUGACACCCAUCAACGACCUGCAUGGCCCCGACGCGCCGGCCCUGGCCAAGGGCGAGCGGCUGAUGCGCUGCAAAGUGGGCAGCAUCCAUCGCCUGCUCGACCUCUAUGGCUGGGCGCAGCUGGGGGACGCCUCCGUCACGCUGCGGGUGAGCAAGGAGCAGGAGCAUUUCUUGGUGGCCCCGCAGGGGCUGGCGUGCAGCGAGGUGACGGCGGCCAGCCUGAUCAAGGUGAACGUGCUGGGGGACGUGGUGGAGCAGGGCAACACCGGCUUCUCCCCCGAUGCCCGUGCCUUCAGCUUGCACGCCGCCAUCUACGCCGCCCGCCCCGACACUCGCUGCAUCGUCCGCCUGCACACGCCGGCCACCGCGGCGGUGUCGGCCAUGCGCUGCGGCGUGCUGCCCAUCUCCCGCGCCGCCCUGCUCCUGGGGGACAUCGCCUACUUCGACUUCCGCGGGGAGGUGGAGGACGAGGCCGACCGGGUCGAGCUGCAGAAGUGCCUCGGCCCCACCUGCAAGAUCCUGGUGCUGCGCAACCACGGGGUGCUGGCGCUGGGCGACACUGCCGAGGAGGCUUUCUACAGCAUCUUCCACCUGCAGGCAGCCUGCGAGGUGCAGGUGUCGGCGCUGGCGAGUGCGGGCGGCGCCGAGAACCUCAUCGUGCUGGAGCGCGCCAAGCACCGGCCCCACGAGGUGGGCUCGGUGCGCUGGGCCGGCAGCACCUUCGGGCCCAUGCAGAAGAGCCGCUUGGGCGAGCACGAAUUCGAAGCCCUCAUGAGGAUGCUGGACAACCUGGGUUACCGCACCGGCUACACCUACCGCUACCCCUUCGUGCAGGAGAAGAGCAAACCCAAAAGCGACGUGCUGAUCCCUGCCACGGUGACGGCCUUCGUCUUCGAGGAGGAGGCCACCCCUGUCCCCGCGCUGCGGCACCACGCGCAGAAGCAGCAGAAGGAGAAGACGCGGUGGCUCAACACCCCCAACACCUACCUGCGAGUCAACGUGGCCGAGGAGCAGCAGGGCAGCGCCGGCAGCCAGAGGACAAAGACGACGUGGUUGAAAGCAGACGAGGUGGAGAAAGGCAGCAGCGGGACCGCGAUCCGCAUCGAGAACCCAAACCAGUUCGUGCCCCUCUACACGGACCCGCAGGAGGUGCUGGAGAUGAGGAACAAGAUCCGGGAGCAAAACCGGCAGGACGUGAAGUCAGCUGGGCCCCAGUCGCAGCUGCUGGCCAGCGUGAUCGCCGAGACGAGCCGCAGCCCCUCCACAGAGAGUCACUUGGCGGAUGCGGAGGCCAAAGAUGCGUCCCGAGAGGAGCCCCCCGCCGAGCCGGAGCCCCCGAACCCCUUCAGCCAGCUCACGGACCAGGAGCUGGAGGAGUACAAGCAAGAGGUGGAGAGGAAGAAGCUGGGGCUGCACGGCGAGAAGGACACGGUGGUGGAGGAAAGCCAGGGAUCCCCCCAAAAAUCACCCCCAGUGUCCGCACCGCAGAGCCCGGCCCCGUCGCCCACCAAGCCCUCGGAGGGUGACAAGAAGGCAGAGGACGGCCAAGCACCUGCCGACUCCGCCACUGAGAAGGAGCCGCCACCAGCGGUGGUGAAUGGGAAGGAGGAGGAGCAGAGCACCGAGGAAAGCCAGGGCAAAGGGGGGGACCAGACGACCACCCCGGCCAACCCCGACGUGGAUGCCCCCAAGGAGAAGAGCGAGACGGUGACCAGCAGCCCUGUCUCCCCCGAAGGCUCUCCCUCCAAAUCACCCUCCAAGAAGAAGAAGAAAUUCCGGACCCCGUCCUUCCUGAAAAAGGGCAAAAAGAAGGAAAAGAUCGAAUCUUGAGUCUCCUCCGAGGCUUCCCACUGCCGGCGCAGCCGAGCAUCCCUCCCGACGGCUCCUGCGUCGUGCGUCUGGCCGAGGCGCAGCCGAAAACCCUGGAGGCUCCCAGGGUACUCCCGGCACGAGGCACCUCGUCCCACGACACCCACUUCGGAGGCAGCCACCAAGCUUUCGAAAGAUUGUGGCCCCUGUUUGCCGCUUGGGGAAAUACCCACUGCCAUCUCCCCGCUCCCACGAGCACUCCCUCCUCCCUCCUGGGCACGGGGUUUGUUUUUCCCCCCCGCUGCUUGUAGAGCCUCCGUGCAACGUGGGGCGCAGCCCGGAUACGCUUGGUUUUGAGAAAGAAAAGGGUGUUUUGUC